UGACCGUGUUCUUAAGCACUUUGACUCCAAAAUUCUACUUUGCCCUUACAGUGACUUCGUCUUUUAUAUCAGGACUGAUAUUUGUGUUUGAGUGGUGGCAUUUCCGAAAAUACGGCACGUCUUUCAUUGAGCAAGUUUCUGUGAGUCAUUUGAGGCCCCUCAUUGGUGGUGCAGAAAACAGCCCUCCAGCACCAGCAGCGUUCUCGGCUGGAGAGAAUGAGGCAAGCAGGCAGAACAUGCCAGAGUGCAAAGUGUGGCGAAAUCCUCUCAAUCUUUUCAGAGGGGCAGAAUAUAGCAGGUACAUGUGGGUGACUGGGAAGGAGCCUCUUACCUACUAUGACAUGAACUUGUCUGCUCAAGACCAUCAGAACUUUUUCACAUGUGACACUGAUGCCCUUCGGCCUUCGGAUACAGUUAUGCAGAAAGCGUGGCGAGAGAGAAACCCUCAAGCCCGGAUUAAAGCAGCAUAUCAAGCUUUGGAGUUGAACAACGAUUGUGCCACAGCAUACGUCCUCCUGGCUGAGGAAGAAGCAACAACCAUUGUAGAUGCCGAGAAGUAUUUCAAGCAGGCUCUGAAAGCAGGAGAAAUGAUUUACAAAAAGUCCCAAAACUGCCAUUCCCAAAGUCCCCAGCAUGAAGCACAGCUGAGAAGAGACACCAAUGUAUUGGUAUAUGUGAAAAGGAGACUGGCUAUGUGUGCAAGGAAGCUUGGAAGAAUACGAGAAGCAGUAAAAAUGAUGAGAGACUUGAUGAAAGAGUUUCCACUUCUCAGCAUGCUGAAUAUUCAUGAAAACCUCCUGGAGGCACUCCUGGAGUUGCAGGCUUACGCAGAUGUCCAGGCAGUUUUAGCGAAGUAUGAUGAUAUCAGUCUUCCAAAAUCAGCAGCAAUAUGUUACACAGCAGCCCUGUUAAAAGCCAGAGCUGUUUCGGAAAGGUUCUCCCCAGAAACUGCCUCCAAAAGAGGGCUUAGUACAGCAGAAAUUAAUGCUGUGGAAGCAAUUCACAGAGCUGUGGAAUUUAACCCUCAUGUUCCAAAGUAUUUACUAGAAAUGAAGAGCUUAGUGCUACCUCCAGAGCAUAUUCUGAAGCGAGGGGACAGUGAGGCAGUAGCUUAUGCCUUUUUCCACCUCCAGCACUGGAAGAGGAUAGAAGGGGCUUUAAAUUUGCUACACUGUACAUGGGAAGGCACGUUUAGGAUGAUCCCGUACCCGUUAGAGAAAGGUCAUCUUUUCUAUCCCUAUCCGAGCUGCACAGAAACAGCAGACAGAGAACUGUUGCCAACAUUUCACGAGGUCUCCGUUUACCCACAGAAGGAACUUCCCUUUUUCAUCCAUUUCACAGCAGGCCUGUGUUCCUUCUCGGCAAUGCUCGCCCUCCUCACGCACCAGUUCCCUGAGCUGAUGGUCGUUUUUGCUAAAGCUGUGCUGCGGGUGCUGUGGCCAGUGAGUGCUCCCAGCGUCCUGGCCUCCGGCUGA